CAUAGAAAGAGACAAAGCAAGGGGCAUGUGAGCGCCACAUAGAUUCAUUGAUCCUUUUCUCUCUCCAAUUUAACAACAAAACUAAGCUGUUUCUGCCCUUUCUUCCCUCCUUUUACUUGGUCUCUCAUAUUCCAAAGACACUUUCACAUUACACAAACUGAAAUUAUUAUAUAUACUAUUUGCAUUGAAAAAAACAUUAAUUGAGGUUGUUUUUUCAUUCCUUCAUUUGGCUUCUCAUUUUGGUUGGUGAGCUGAACCUGCAUCCUAUGCAACCUCUCAAGUAUCAACGUGGAGUCUUUCUAUUCAUGUGGAGGCCAUGACUUGAAGAGGCUCUUCUCAGAAUCUCACUGCUGAAAAAAAAAAGGGAACUUUGUCACUUUGUUUAGCUCCCACAAGCUGAAGCUUUCUUUGUGAUCAAACUAUAUCUGAUUCAGUAUUUUUAGGAUUCGAGUCCAGCUCCAGUCAAGUUUAAUUUGCAAUGAAGUGUUUUCCAUUUAACUAUGGAGAGAAAAAGGAUGAUCCUAAGAACUUUCUAUCGCUUUCGGGUCGGUCCAACAUGUCUACUUAUGUUGAGGGUGAGAUGAAGAGAUCUGGUUCCGAAUUGAAUUCUCAGGAUGUCUCAGACAACAGCACAGAUUCCUUCAGGAGGAAUGCAUUUCCAAGUAUGUCACAGAGACCCAGCAACCUCAGAGUAUUCUCUGUAUCCGAGCUGAAAUCAGCCACGAAGAAUUUCAGCCGGUCCGUUAUGCUUGGAGAGGGUGGGUUCGGGUGUGUCUACAAGGGACUUAUCAAGAGUGCUGAUGAUCCUUCAAGAAAAAUUGAAGUUGCAGUCAAACAACUUGGUAAAAGAGGGAUUCAGGGUCAUAGGGAAUGGGUCACAGAAGUGAAUGUUCUAGGCAUAGUUGAGCAUCCUAAUCUUGUGAAACUAGUUGGAUACUGUGCUGAAGACGACGAAAGAGGAAUCCAGCGGCUUCUAGUUUACGAAUACAUGCCAAAAAGAAGUGUUGAACAUCAUUUAUCCCCUAGAUCAGAGACUCCUCUGCCAUGGAGCAUGAGAUUGAAGAUAGCUCAAGAUGCAGCUCGUGGCUUAACAUACCUGCAUGAGGAAAUGGAUUUUCAGAUAAUUUUCAGAGAUUUCAAAUCUUCAAAUAUCCUUCUGGAUGAGGAGUGGAAUGCAAAGCUAUCUGACUUUGGUUUAGCAAGAUUGGGACCAUCUGAUGGAUUAACUCAUGUCUCAACUGCGGUAGUAGGAACAAUGGGGUAUGCAGCUCCUGAAUAUGUUCAAACCGGCCGACUCACCUCAAAGAGUGAUGUAUGGAGCUACGGUGUCUUCCUUUAUGAACUCAUUACCGGCAGGCGCCCCAUCGAUAGGAACCGGCCCAAGGCCGAGCAGAAUCUGUUGGAAUGGAUAAGGCCAUACCUCUCAGAUAGUAGGAAAUUUCAAAUAAUAUUGGAUCCAAGACUUGAGAGGAAGCACCUCUUAAAUAUGAGUGAGGUGAUAGAAAUGCUCAACCAGAUCAUGGAUUCUUAUGUAAAUGCCAAUCCACAGGCACCAUUGAGCUUUGUAGAAUCAAUAGAAGCUUCCCAUGACACUGAAAUAAACAAGAAGAAAAGGUUCAUUAUGGACACAAAAUCUGCAGAUUGUAGUAAUUGGUUUAGGAUGUGGAGACCAAAGGUUAUAAGAGCAUGUUGAUUAUUAUAUUCUUAGCUUUUAAGCCAAUCAAAUAACCCUAUGAAUUUGAGGCAACAUUUUCUUUGUUACUCUUCAUCAUCUCCUCUAACAAAGUGUACAUAGCUGCUAUAAAGUUCUACACUUA